AUAUCGGUCUCGGAGAUCCACCUUCUUCGUUCUCCUUCGUCCCCCUGCACCUAAAAACCUUCAAAUUUUCCGGCCAAAAACCCCAAAUUCCGGCCAAAAUAAUGAGGGAAGAAUUGGCCAAGGCCACCCCCAUCAAAAGCCUGAGUCGGGAAGCAAGCCGGCCCUUGAGCUCGUUCAGGCUCAGGACCCCGAAGCUCAACACAAUGAGGCUCAUACGGAUCUUUGAUAUUUUCGAUAAUAACGGAGAUGGUGAGAUCACUGUGGAUGAAUUGGCUCAAGCACUUGAUCGCCUGGGUUUGCCAGCUCAAUUCUCUGACCUUGAAUCCGCGGUUGAAGGAUUCAAAAAACCUGAGAUGUCCGGCUUAGACUUUGAUGACUUUUGUGCUCUACACAAGUCACUCGGGGAUGAGCUUCUCGGCCAUGAGGAUGAAAAUUACGCGGGAGAUGGGGAAGAUUUUGGUGAAAAUGGAGGAAAACCGAGCGACAGUGCCGAUUUGGAAGAGGCCUUUAAGGUGUUCGAUGAGGAUGGGGAUGGAUUCAUAUCUGCAAAAGAAUUGCAAAUUGUUCUCAAGAAACUCGGGCUUCCAGAGGGCGGCGAGAUCGACAAGGUGCGCCAAAUGAUCUGCAAUGUCGAUCAAAACCACGAUGGACAAGUCGAUUUUCACGAGUUCAAGCACAUGAUGCGUCACAUAACCGUUCCGACUGCAUGAUUCCCCCCGGUUAUUUUUAUCUUGAUUAUCUUUUUUAUUUUUGUGUUUUGUUACAUGAGAUACUUAUAUGCUAUGCAAAGAAAAAAGAAAAAUGAAAGAAAAAAUUGUUUUGUAA